AUGUGUGGCCUCGAGCGGGGAGCGGUCCAGUACCAAGCAAAGACACAGGGCGAAGCAACUGGCAAAGCGCAGGCGCGACUUCGCCCAUCUGACUACCGUUUUGGAGAUUUCGUCCGUUUUUCUUCUUUUUUGCUCGUGCUUCUUCUCCUUCACUGCGGCCAUUUGCAGGCGCUGGGUGCCGGGGCUCGGCAUCUCGGAGCCCGCGUCGAGGCCGCUCGCAGUUUUUGGCGCGGGGUCGACGCCGCCAGGAAGCGCAGUCGGAUUCGCACGCGCGACUCUUCGAAGUCUCCUCCGUCUUUUCUCACCCUGUCUCCGUUUCCCUCGAAACCUGCCUCCCGUCUCCCUGGUGUCCAUUCUGACGGUCACCCUCUGUCCUUUCUACAGCCUCCGGCCGACGUUCCGCGUCCCUUUUCUGGUCUCCCGAGAGCCGAAGAACGGCGAAAAGGCACUCGUCCCUCACUCAAAACAGACGUUCUCGCAACGCAGCGCCGACUUGUCUCACGUCUCCCGCCUCGCCACUCCGUGCGUCGCUCGCACCUGCUCGCCGCUCGUUCAGUGUCUGACGCGUAUCUGACGAUUUCUCCUCGCGCGUCUCCCCACCCGAACCUGUCUCUGAAAUUUACCCGUGACCCCACCGACCGCAUGCCUUUUCGCUCUCUUGGCGCUGCACAAAGGCCCUCCGCUGGCGGUCUUGAGCUCGCGGUGACGGACGGUGAAAAAGAACGGGACGGAGGAGCCCACGCUUCGUCCUCUCGUUCUGACAAGCAAGACGUCCCCACGACGACUGCAGUUCCUUUCUUUGCGUUCGGCGAAAGCGAACCCGCGACGUUUUUAGCAGACGAGCGUGAGACCCGCGCUCCUGAAGCCUCUCCAGAGCCGCAGCGCCGCGUCUUCCCUGACCUGCCGACCGCCGAUAUACGCAGCGCCAUGGCACACUCGCUUCCUCAGAAUGAAAAUGCGCCGCCCAGAGAAACGCUCCUUUCUCCCCGCUCUCGUCAGUCUGCGUCAGCGACGGCUUCGAGUCUUCCGUUCGCGCCAAGCGAGGAGAGACACCCCCGAGCGACUCUUCUCGCGUAUGUCACCGGUUUCGGCCCGUUCGGAUCGGUGCGAAAGAAUCCCACGGCGUGCCUUGUGUCCCACAUGGAGCGAGCGCUUCUGCGAGCGCAGGACGGCGAAGCUGGAUUCGAGGAACAGCGCAUGCCUUCUCCAUACUCCAGCUCGGAGGGCUCGAUGCGGAGUGGACAGCCUGCGAACGCGGCGGAAUUUGGCUUUUUUGUCCAGUCGGGAGUGUCUUUCGAGGACCUGGCCACUUCGUGUGCGGCCGACGACGGCGCCGCGUCUUCUCCAAAGAGUGGCAAGCAAGAAGGUUCCAUCGUCGGCGGAUCAACACGGCGAAACGUUGCUGACAUCAACAGCGACGGGACGGGAAGCCCGGAGGCUCUUGUCGCGGAGAUUUCGAGAUCGGCCAAGGACGGUGUGUUUGCGGCUGACAAGGCUCGGAGCCAAAGCGGGGAGGAGACAGUGAUCACGCGGGCAUUUACGAACCCGCCUCCUGUGCACUUCAUCUCUUCCGGUGUCCGCCUGUGCGGCGCGGAAAUUCUCGAAGCGGCCGCAGCGGCUGCGAAGGAAGCGGCUCCACGAAUCGGCGCGGCGCUUCGCUUGAACAGUUCUUGGACGGAACGGCAGACGCGACUCCGCUCCCUCGACGUGAGAGACAGCGCGCGUUUGCAGGCCUUCGGUGCGGCGCAGGAAAGUGGUGUGAAGACGCCCACUGUGUCACCCAGCGCUGUUGCGAAAAACGGGAUCAGAGACCGCUUGGGAAAGACACUUGCUGAAGUGGAAAGCAGUGAAACGCAGAGACUUGGCGACACAGACAGCCCUGUUAGGAUGCGCGGGCUGCCGGAGGCAGCGUCGCCAGUCCAGGCGGACACGCCGAUGGUGGAGGCAGCGGCCUCGGAGAAGAACGGAUCUCAAGGAAAGCCUGGUGACGAGCACGAGACUGAGGCAGACGAAAAACGGGUCGUGAAGAAGCUGGCAUUUCACUUGGGUCUCAAUCAGGCUGCGACAGCCUUCGAGCUAGAGAAGGUCGCCGUCAACGAGGCGGACUUCUGCAUUCCGGACCAGCGCGGCUUUCGUCCGGAGAAGGCGCGAAUAUCAGAUACCGGGCCUGACAGGCUCGUCACCCGCCUUCCCCUUGAGGAGAUCUGUACCGCCCUCCAAGAGCGUGGGUUUCCUUGCAAAACAUCCACCUACGCUGGACGCUUCGUCUGUAACUACUUGUACUACCAGUCGCUUCUGGAAAACUUGGGCUCGGACACCGAAGUCCUGUUUGUUCACGUGCCGCCUUUCUCGACCAUCCCGUACUCGUGGCAAGUUUCUUUCCUGCUCCAGCUCUUAGACGUCAUCCGCCGACUUCCAGAGGCGCCGUUAACAACAAGCGCAGAUGCCGCCCGAAACAAGAAGCAGCACGCGCGCCGGACCUCCAAAGCGUCGGGAUCCUCUGGAGGAAACCCAAAGGUGGAGAAGGAACCAGAAUACGAAGUGGAGGACGUUGUCGCAUACACUGAGGACCGACGGGGGGUGGCACGUUGGAAAGUGCGAUGGAAAGGCUACGACUCCGACGAGGACACAUGGGAGACGCGAGCAAACUUGCGGGGCUCGCCUGCGUUCUGGAAGCAAAUGGACCGGCUACAGAGGGAGUGGAGGAUGGCGCACAAGAACGACGAGUCAAGCAGCGCCUUUGAAGAUGAGGACGAGGACGACGGGCGCAGUGAAGACGACGUCGCUGAUCCCACGCGUCCGGGGAAAGGCCAGUCGAAGGCUCGUCGAGGCGCGGGCCGCCCCCCCGCAGGGAAGAGGCGAAGGACACACAGUUCGUCUAAGAGAGGAAAGGCUUCGUCUGAAGACGAGAACGAAGAAGAGCAUGAAGGCAGCGAGGAAGCGCCAGGCGUGGAGGAUGCCGACCGCGAGCAAGACUCAAGUGGGGAAGACGACGAACUUCUGCCUUACCCUAUUAUCUACGGGACGGACACCGAGCCGCCGCCUCAUCACCUCCCAGACGAGACGGUCCUGACGGACGGGCGACUGUCGGUCUUCCGAUUCAAAAACGUCCCACUCAAACCCAAGAGCGAUGCCCAUCUCGGCGACACGCCGGCCUGCGAGGGUCUCUCCCCCGGGAGGUUGCCGCGGACGGAGAGAGAGGACGGAUCUGGACUGCCGGCGAAGCGCGAGCGGCGCAGUGCAGAGACCGAGAACGUGCGACUUUCAGGCCGCCCUGGAGGAGACGCCGCAGGCGGCGAAGAUUCCAAGACCGCUCCUGAAGCGCAGCCGGCUUCGGCGCAUGGCGACGCGCCGUCAAAAGGCGGGAACUGCGUCUAUGUCCAGUACCUCGUCGACGGGAAGUACGUGUACUCGCUUCCGUUCGACCGCGCUCGGCUCUACUGUCCCCAGCUGCUGCUCACCUACCUCAUGGCGCGAACAACUUUCAAAACAAGUGCAGCGGCCGAAGGGAGGCCGAGCCGCGGGAAGACGCGACAGGCCUACGAGUCGUGUUUUGUCCAAGAGAACCAGGAGAACUUGGCGAGGGAGGCGAACUGCCUGCCAAGCCCUGAGAGGGGGAGCGUGACGCCUGCGAGCGUUGAAGAAGUUGAGGUGGACAACGCAGUGGCUGAAGAGAAACUGUAUUCGGACGCGGCAGUGCUGAGCCGCGAAACCACCAGCAGCACUGGACGAAAGAGGGACGGCGGCCAUGUUGACGAGGAGUCGGAACGAACCGACAGCGGGGACGAAUCAGAGAGUCACGCUGAAAAGGCUCACACACGGCAGAAAGCCGGGAAUCGCUUUCCUGAGGAAGCGACCAGAAGGGACAGCUCCGAAACAGACGGCUCAGAGUUUGCCUCAGACGGCUCCGACAGCGGAGGCAGCAAGUCUGGCCAGGCUAAAAAGGACGACGCCGGCGGCGCUGUCGAGUACGAGUAUGGCGCUCUCAAGCGCUCGCCAAUCUUCUCGUGCGUUGCUGGCUGA